AUGAUAGAGCUUACGGUCCCUUGGGAAACCAACAUCCCCAAAGACCAUACCAUCAAGGUCAAUAAAUAUUACGAGCUCACAAACGAACUCACUCGAAAUAGGUUCGUAGUAGAUUUGUACGCGGUAGAGGUGGGAGCGAGAGGUAUAACAGCGAAAUCUCUCUAUAACCUACUAAAGGACUUGGGCUUGUCCAGAACUCACAUUAAUGCAUUCUUGGAACGUACAUCGAAGGCAGCCCUAGUAGGUUCUUUUCAAAUUUGGUUAGGUAGGGAGAGGAGCUUGGACAGUGGAGGUGAGCGUAUAACGCGCGUUAGUUAA